AAUACACCUAUUCUCUUCUUUCAAGAUAGUAUAUCAAACAUUUUAUAUCAACGCGUGCGCAUUACAAUACUUUUGGAUGGUUGUGUAUCUUAGAAUUGUAAAAUGUGAUAUGCACUUUAAAAUAUUGAACAUCGCAUAGUUAUGAAAUUUUAAUAUAAGUGGAAACGUUUAUAAUUAUGGCCACGACUGACCAAGAUGCAAAUAACAAUAACCUUCCUUUACGUGAAAAUUUAGUAAAAACUGCUGUGGAAUUUUUACAAAACCCUAAGGUAGCAAGUAGUCCUGUAGGGCGUAGACAGGAAUUUCUUAGAAGGAAGGGUUUGACAGAGGAGGAAAUUAAAAUUGCUUUCAAAUUAGCUUCCAUUGACUUAACUGCUGAUCAUAAUGUUAUUCAUAAACCAAAAGAUUAUACUGUGGUUCCUAUACCACCAGGUCAAGUCUAUCCAUAUUUUCAAGCACAUCCAUACCAAAUAACUUUAUACCAUAAAAUUAAAGAAUUUUUUAAUGCUACUGCUCUUAUUGGAGCUACAAUAUAUUGUGUUUAUUGGUUCUACAAGAAAUUUAUUGAACCAUUCUUAUUUGGUCGAAAAAAGAAAGAUACCAUAAAGGAUUCAGUUUCUGAAUUAGAUAAGACUAUUCAAAAUUCUAUGAAAGAAGUAAAACAGUCCAUUUCAAAGGUUGAGGAUGAUGUACAAAAACUCACACAAAAUCAGUUUCUUGACCCAAUGGUACCUCAAUUAGUACAAGAACUGAAACAAGAUUUAUCUAGUCUUAAGACCUUACUGUUAUCAAGAAAACAAUUUCCAAGUGCACCAGCAUCUAUACCGUCAUGGCAAUUAGAUGCUGCAGGUACAAAUCCGGAAAAACCAACUGAACGAGAAGAUGAUGCUGGAAGUGGUAGUAGUACUAAUAAUUCAGAUAGUUCUCUGGAAAUGAUUCGUGAGGAUCCACCCAAGGAGUAAUCUUACAAUAUUUUAUAAACUGUCACUUCCAUCACAAGAGUCUUCGAUAUGCAGGAUAUUCUAUGACGUAUAUCCAGAAAUAAUGGAAACUGAUCAUGUGUAAUAUAUAUUUCUGAAUCAAUUGUUGCUGAUAUUGCAUUCAAUUUACCCAAUUAAAUGUUAUUUCAUCUAUUUCCAACGAAGACGAAUUUGUAUUUUAUUAUUUCUACAAUGGGUAUGUUAAGGCUGCUAUGACACAAAGGGAUACAUGUAAUACACCUUUUUUUUUAAAUAAUAAUAAUAAU